AUGUGGCCAAACCUUUUCCCCAAGAAAGAGGAGAUGUGUCUCACGAAGCGCCACGUCUGCUCUGGCGACUCGGGAGGCGAUUGGGAACUUGCCCUCCCGGAGCGCCGCCGCCGUCGCUCUGGCCGCACCCAGGGGGGUCGCCGGACGCCGGCUCGUCAAGGCAACAGGUUUGCUGUCCUCUCCCCCGUCUGCUCUGAGGUCGAGGACUCAGAAUCGGACCUCUGCGCUUCGGUCGCCGCCGGGUCUUCGCCGCCGCCGCCUGCCUCUGCGCUGAAUCUGGGGAGAUUCUGGCCAGAUCCGGCAGGGCGGGCGCCGUCGCCGUCGCCUUCGUCCGCUUCCCCAAGGGAGGGGAGCCCCGAGCCUCGUCCCUCUGCUCCGAAGCCGCCGCCGCCGCCGUUGGGUUCUGCCCACUUCCCGCCGCUCCCCGGGGUCCAAGUUCGGGGACGGAGUUCCCCUGCCGCCGGGGGAUGCGGGAGCCGGGGGGUGGGUCCGUCGUCGUUCCGUGUCGGCGCCCUUAUUCUGGAGCUUCCUCCGUGCCCAGGGCGGCCGGAGCCGAGGGAGGCACCGCCGCCGCCUCUAGGGUUUGCCCCCAGUGGGGGGAGCCCGGACCUGCGUCGUGCGGGACCUGGUGGGCCGGCCCAGGGAAGCAGGCCUGCUAGGGAGGCCUAG